AUGGUUGACGCAAACAGUACGCGGCAGCUUGCUUUCAGCAACGUCAAUGACGCGAAUGAUUGGCUUCAUAUCAGCCUACCUCCACCAAUGACCCCAAACCAAGACACCACCAUCAGCUUCGUGGAUCUAAACCGUGCAUAUUUUGUCCGAGAGCUGGUAGAUGCGGUGUAUGACCUGCGCCUCUGUAUGGACGGCCCCAAGAUGCGGAAUCACUUUCUGCCGCACGGAAAUUCUUACUUCAGUAACCUCGAAGUUGAAGCUGCUUGUCAUGUCCUUCUGGAUCGACUCAUCGAGCUUUGCCAAACCGGGUUCCGGGGCCUGCGCAAGUUCAACAUGCACACCUUGAAGCGAUGCCCUGACGCCGACAAGACUGCCAACUGCUUCACUCGAUACACGAAUACUUUGAACGCACUCCGAACCUGGAAGUCCAUCUGCAAAGGCAUGAUCGAGGAGGAUGCCAAAAAGUGGCAACUUGUCAACGCCCCGUUGGCCAUGAUAGGCCGUAAGAAGACCGAUAAGCGCGGUAAUCGACUGAAGAAAGACAAGAUUGAUAGUCUUGAAGCACGAAUGAAAGACGAGAAGUCGCCCGAACUAGACCCGCUUCUAGCUUACAAUGCCGCUGCGACACAGAUUCGUUGUGUUGAGCACAAUGAUGCGCAACCCCGUCUCGGCCCGAUGGUAGUGGCCCCGAUUGAGACGUCCUAUGAACCAAUUCUAGCACCCGAUGCACUUUCUCCCUAUAUCGUACUUGGAGACACGCUCCCCAUGUUUAACAAUGUUGGCAACUCCGAUGGCUAUCACGAUGAUCACAACCACUUCUUCACAGAAGGCAUGGAAGGACCUACGGGCAUCACGACGCCUGCUGCUAUCCCUCCAAUCGCGACUGCCAUGAACAAUGCGCAGCCACGUGCCAAUGAUCAGCCUGCAGGUUUUCAGAUGGCAUACAUUGCACCACAUGCAGGUGUAGUGCAAAUCGCCUAUCAGCCUUCUGAAGCUCAGCGCCAUGCAACCACACCGGGAGCUGGCAGCAAGCGCUCUCGAGAUGAGAAUGACAACUCGGCGCUGCGUCCUCGUCAGCAUCGAAAGACUACUCAAGAUGGCCCGCGUGGAGGUAGCCAAUCUUUUGGUAAUGUUGAGGAGGUGACUGAAGCCGAAACUGUUCAUGUCGAUCCCUAUUAG